AUGGCCAACGCAGGCCGUGUCCGCGCCGAGCGCCGGGCUGCUCGUGUCGCCCAGAUGGCACUCGUGGGCAAUGGCGCUCCACGCCGCUCUGUUUCCCCCGCGGCCAACGCUGCCACUGAUCCUAUGGCUCACGAGCAGCAGGACUCGUUGCUGCCGCAUUCCGUGUGGCAUGAUGGCUGCACCGCCACUCUGUCGCCUACUCCCACCACGGCGUCGUCCACCCAUGCUCGCCGCGGGCCGGCAAAUGCGCAGGCUACGCUGCUCAAGGUGAGCGAGCUCCUGCAUUAUCGCCCCGUCAACGCCGCUGGCAAGGCCCCCGCGCCAUCCUGCUCGCUCCUUCCACCUCCAUCCCAGGCGGGUGACGUGGCCCACAGCACGCCUCCUCCACCUCCUCGGCGCGGCGUUGACCCAGAGCCCAGGCACAGCGCGCCCCCGCAUGACCCACGGUGCGGAGCGCCGGCAAGGGAUGAAGCAAGCUGCAAGGUGGUGCAGCGGCCGCAGGCCAAUGCGCGCGCGCUCCCAGCGCCUCAACGCCAGUACCAAGGCCCCGCGCCGCCAGAGCUUGUGGCACGUGGGCGUCAAGACCGAGCUCCUCCCGUGCAUGCUGCACCCCCGAGCGCGGUGGGCUGCCGCGCCUUCACCCCAGAACUGCGUCGCAUUGUCUGCCUCGGCAAGUUCAAGUCGGAUCUGCCUCCACGCUAUGACGCCACCCCGACCCCGGUGAGUUCCUCCAACUCUACGCGCUGA